UGAAAAUCGGUACCCAAAUAGAAGGUGGGUGGGAUUAGCCAUUUAUAUUUGCCCCUCUUACAUAGGUGUCUCUCUUGCUUUGUUCUUGCGUUUCACACACAGGAAAAAAAAAGGUUAGGGUUUUGGGUGUGUGGUGUGUUUCUAUCGGAGAUGGGUGGAGGCAAUGCUCAGAAAUCGAAGAUGGCUCGCGAGAGGAACCUCGAUAAGCAGAAGGCUGCUGCUAAGGGAAGCCAGCUUGAAACUAACAAGAAAGCUAUGUCAAUCCAGUGCAAGGUGUGCAUGCAAACAUUUAUCUGCACCACAUCAGAAGUGAAGUGCAGGGAGCAUGCUGAAGCCAAGCACCCAAAAUCGGAUUUGUAUGCUUGUUUUCCUCAUCUUAAAAAGUGAACAUAAAAGGGGAGGGACAUUUGGAGACAUGUCAUCAUCAAUCAUGGCCUCCUCUGUAUAUCUAUAAUCAAAUCAAAUUGUCUAUGUGUGUUUAUGUCUUUGGAAAUGGGAAAAACAAUAGGGGAUAAUUAGUAUGUUUUUCCCUUGAUAAAUUGUGAGAAACUAUGUGUAAGCUCUCUUUUUUAUUAUCAAAGUGUAACAGUUUCAUCA